GGACUCUGAGAAAUACUUAUUUCUGAUAUGUCAGAGCUUUAUCUUUUUUCUCUGCAUCCAGCAUGUAAUAAGCCAAGAAAAGUCAUCACCAUGAAUUUAUGAUGUGCAACAUUACAAAUGUUCCUUUUGAGGCUUUUGAACAUGGGAAGUUGUGAAUGCCCAGGAUUCCUGUUAGAGAUUAGAUGAGGUCCUUGGAUAUCAGUGAGGAGAAAGGCAAUGAGAUGUUGACAUUCAGGGAUGUGGCCAAAGGAUUCUGUCCAGAAGAGUGGGAAUGCCUUGAUUCUUCUCUGCAACAUUUGUAUAGGGAUGUGACGUUAGAGAACUACAGAAACCUGGUGUCCCUGGGUCUUGGUGACUCCAAGCCAGAAUUAAUUACCCAUCUGGAGCAAGGAAAAGAUCCUUGGAAUGUGAAGAGACAGGAGACAGUAGUCAAACACUCAGGUAGGUAGGAGUGAAUGA